AUGGUCUCAAGUGCCUUAUCAUUGUGCGCGGCACUGCUUUUAGCUGCUUUUUCUGCUGUGUCGAAGGCGCAAAUAGGUUAUACUACUAUUUAUGUUAGUUCGUUCAGUCCUUUACCUUAUGUUAAUCCACAUUCUGGAGCUCCGGGUCCUAUUGUAACAGUGGACGGAAUACCUUUUAAUGAUCCGUAUAAUGCAUCUAGGGAUGCUAAGUGUUUGAUGUCCCCAGAACAACAGGCUGCUGUUCUUCUCGAACAUAAUUUGUACAGAUCUAUGUUUGUCGAUACUCCUAAUGUGACCUGGAAUGAUGAGUUAGCCCAACGAGCAGCGUGGUGGGUUUGCAGUGGUCGUUGGAGGUCUCAUCCAGACGUUCCAUAUUGGGGCUACGUUGUUGGCUCAAACGAAUACGCGGGAAAUGGUCCUCCAGUCGCCGGUGUAACCGCCUGGUUUGAUGAAAUUGGUUUGUAUAAUUACAACGAUCCUUACUCGGUCGAUAGCGAUGAGGCUGGACAUUUUACACAACUUGUCUGGAAAGGUACCACGGAGAUUGGUUGUGCUACACUAGAGUAUGCUCCCUAUAUGUAUGUUCUUGUGUGUCAGUACUUGCCUGCUGGUAAUAUACUUGGUGAAUACCAUGAAAAUGUCAUGCCUCUGAAACCAGCUUAUAAAGGUGUUAAUCGUGAUCCCGCUACACUUCCCUGGGCAAUCCUAUCUCUAGAAGGACCACCUAGGACUCAACCCGCAGUUACCUUAUCUGUGACAUCAAAUCCUAACCCUGUUUACACAAUACCUCCUGGAGAGUGGUCAGACUUCUUUCCAUCAACAGCCCAGUUUACUUAUUUAAGUGCCACUGACAGUUUAACUACCACUGCAACAACAUCCACCUCAAACAGUAAUGGUUCUACUAUGAAUACCACUGACAGAUCAACCACCACUUCUAACAAAUCUACUUCAAGUAACAGUCAUAGUUCUGCUAUAGAUACCACUGACAGAUCAACCACCACUUCUAACAAAUCUACCUCAAUCAGUCAUAAUUCUGCUAUUGAUGCUACUGACAGAUCAACCAUCACUUCUAACAAGUCUACUUCAAUCAGUCAUGGUUCUGCUAUGGAUGCUACUGACAGAUCAACCAUCACUUCUAAAAAAUCUACUUCAAUCAGUCAUAGUUCUGGUAUGAAUACUACUGACAGAUCAACCAUCACUUCUAAAAAAUCUACUUCAAUCAGUCAUAGUUCUGCUAUGAAUACUACUGACAGAUCAACCAUCACUUCUACCUCUAGCAACAGUCAUGGUUCUACUAUGGAUGCUACUGACAGAUCAACCAUCACUUCUAAAAAAUCUACUUCAAUCAGUCAUAGUUCUGCUAUGAAUACUACUCACAGAUCAACCAUCACUUCUAAAAAAUCUACUUCAAUCAGUCAUGGUUCUACUAUGAAUACUACUGACAGAUCAACCAUCAUUUCUAACAAGUCUACUUCAAUCAGUCAUGGUUCUGCUAUGGAUGCUACUGACAGAUCAACCAUCACUUCUAAAAAAUCUACUUCAAUCAGUCAUAGUUCUGCUAUGAAUACUACUCACAGAUCAACCAUCACUUCUAACAAGUCUACUUCAAUCAGUCAUGGUUCUGCUAUGGAUGCUACUGACAGAUCAACCAUCACUUCUAAAAAAUCUACUUCAAUCAGUCAUAGUUCUGCUAUGAAUACUACUGACAGAUCAACCAUCACUUCUACCUCUAGCAACAGUCAUGGUUCUACUAUGGAUGCUACUGACAGAUCAACCAUCACUUCUAAAAAAUCUACUUCAAUCAGUCAUAGUUCUGCUAUGAAUACUACUCACAGAUCAACCAUCACUUCUAAAAAAUCUACUUCAAUCAGUCAUGGUUCUACUAUGAAUACUACUGACAGAUCAACCAUCAUUUCUAACAAGUCUACUUCAAUCAGUCAUGGUUCUGCUAUGGAUGCUACUGACAGAUCAACCAUCACUUCUAAAAAAUCUACUUCAAUCAGUCAUAGUUCUGCUAUGAAUACUACUCACAGAUCAACCAUCACUUCUAACAAGUCUACUUCAAUCAGUCAUGGUUCUGCUAUGGAUGCUACUGACAGAUCAACCAUCACUUCUAAAAAAUCUACUUCAAUCAGUCAUAGUUCUGCUAUGAAUACUACUGACAGAUCAACCAUCACUUCUACCUCUAGCAACAGUCAUGGUUCUACUAUGGAUGCUACUGACAGAUCAACCAUCACUUCUAAAAAAUCUACUUCAAUCAGUCAUAGUUCUGCUAUGAAUACUACUCACAGAUCAACCAUCACUUCUAAAAAAUCUACUUCAAUCAGUCAUGGUUCUACUAUGAAUACUACUGACAGAUCAACCAUCAUUUCUAACAAGUCUACUUCAAUCAGUCAUGGUUCUGCUAUGGAUGCUACUGACAGAUCAACCAUCACUUCUAAAAAAUCUACUUCAAUCAGUCAUAGUUCUGCUAUGAAUACUACUCACAGAUCAACCAUCACUUCUAACAAGUCUACUUCAAUCAGUCAUGGUUCUGCUAUGGAUGCUACUGACAGAUCAACCAUCACUUCUAAAAAAUCUACUUCAAUCAGUCAUAGUUCUGCUAUGAAUACUACUCACAGAUCAACCAUCACUUCUAAAAAAUCUACUUCAAUCAGUCAUAGUUCUGCUAUGAAUACUACUGACAGAUCAACCAUCACUUCUACCUCUAGCAACAGUCAUGGUUCUACUAUGAAUACUACUCACAGAUCAACCAUCACUUCUACCUCUAGCAACAGUCAUGGUUCUACUAUGAAUACUACUGACAGAUCAACCAUCACUUCUAAAAAAUCUACUUCAAUCAGUCAUAGUUCUGCUAUGAAUACUACUCACAGAUCAACCAUCACUUCUAAAAAAUCUACUUCAAUCAGUCAUAGUUCUGCUAUGAAUACUACUCACAGAUCAACCAUCACUUCUAAAAAAUCUACUUCAAUCAGUCAUGGUUCUGCUAUGAAUACUACUCACAGAUCAACCAUCACUUCUACCUCUAGCAACAGUCAUGGUUCUACUAUGAAUACUACUGACAGAUCAACCAUCAUUUCUAAGAAAUCUACUUCAAUCAGUCAUGGUUCUGCUAUGGAUGCUACUGACAGAUCAACCAUCAUUUCUAACAAGUCUACUUCAAUCAGUCAUGGUUCUGCUAUGGAUGCUACUGACAGAUCAACCAUCAUUUCUAACAAGUCUACUUCAAUCAGUCAUGGUUCUGCUAUGGAUGCUACUGACAGAUCAACCAUCAUUUCUAACAAGUCUACUUCAAUCAGUCAUGGUUCUGCUAUUGAUGCUACUCACAGAUCAAGUGCCACUUCUAACAAAUCUACCUCAAACAGUCAUAGUUCUACUAUGGAUGCUACUAACAGAUCAACUACCACUUCUAAAAGAUCUAUCUCUAGCAACAAUCAUAGUUCUGUUGUUGAUGCUACUGACAGAUCAGCUACUACUGCAACAACAUCUACCCCAAGCAGCAGUCGUGGUUCUGCUAUUGAUGCUACUGAAAGAUCAGCCACCAUUUCUAAAAAAUCUACCUCGAGUAACAGUCAUAGUUCUACUAUGAAUACUACUGACAGAUCCACUUCUAACAAAUCUACCUCAAUCAAUCAUAGUUCUACUAUGAAUACUACUGACAGAUCCACUUCUAAAAAAUCUACCUCAAUAAAUCAUGCUUCUGCUAUGAAUACUACUAACAGAUCAACCACCACUUCUAACAAAUCUGCCUCAAACAGUCAUGGUUCUAGUAUCAAUGCUACUGACAGAUCAAUCAUCACUUCUAAGAAAUCCACUUCAAAGAGUCAUAGUUCUACUAUGGAUGCUACUAACAGAUCAACCUCCACUUCUAAAAGAUCUAUCUCUAGCAACAAUCAUAGUUCUGUUGUUGAUGCUACUGACAGAUCAGCUACUACUGCAACAACAUCUACCCCAAGCAGCAGUCGUGGUUCUGCUAUUGAUGCUACUGAAAGAUCAACCACCACAGCAACAACAUCUACUGAUUAUACUAAAUAUGCGUUGACUCCAGAAGAACAGGCUGCUGUUGUUCUCGCACACAAUAAGUUGAGAGCUUUGCAUGUUGAUACUGGUAAUUUGACCUGGUCUAAUACUUUAGCUGUAUAUGCUGAGAAGUAUGCUGCCGUUUAUGAUUGUUCUUCUGGUAGACUUGUGCACUCUCAUGGUCCAUACGGUGAAAACCUUGCCCUGGGAUUUCCUAAUGCAGUCGCUGCUGUGGACGCCUGGUAUAGUGAAAUUGCUCAUUAUAAUUACAGCCAUCCUGGCUUUUCCAUGGCAACUGGACAUUUUACACAGGUUGUUUGGAGAUCCACCAAGGAGGUUGGUUGUGCUGUAAAAUAUUGUGGCACCUAUUACCGUGAUUAUGUUGUUUGUGAGUACGCACCUCCUGGUAAUUAUGAAGGUGAAUUCCCUGAAAAUGUCAUGCCUUUGAAAGCAUCUGUUUCAAGUAGUACUUCCAGUAAACCUAAGUCAUCCUCUACCCCUUCUGCUACUUCGAAGAAAUCUAUCUCAAGCAACAGUAAUGGUUCUGGUAUUGAUGCUACUGGCAGAUCAACUACCACUUCUAAAAAAUCUACCUCAAUCAGUCAUGGUUCUGGUAUUGAUGCUACUGAUAGAUCAACCUCCACUUCUAAAAACUCUGCCUCAAUCAGUCAUAGUUCUGCUAUGGAUGCUACUGAUAGAUCAACUGCCACUUCUAACAAAUCUACCUCAAACAGUCGUGGUUCUGUUAUUGAUGCUACUCACAGAUCAACCAUCACUUCUAAGAAAUCUGCCUCAAACAGUCAUAGUUCUACUAUGGAUGCUACUAACAGAUCAACCAUCACUUCUAAAAAAUCUACUUCAAACAUUCAUGGUUCUACUAUGGAUGCUACUAACAGAUCAACCAUCACUUCUAACAAAUCUACUUCAAUCAGUCAUAGUUCUGCUAUGGAUGCUACUGACAGAUCAACUACCACUUCUAAGAAAUCUACUUCAAGCAAGAGUAAUGGUUCUACUAUGGAUGCUACUAACAGCUCAACCAUCACUUUUAAGAAAUCUACUUCAAUCAGUCAUAGUUCUGCUGUGGAUGCUACUGACAGAUCAGCUACUACUGCAACAACAUCUACCCCAAGCAGCAGUCGUGGUUCUGCUAUUGAUGCUACUGACAGAUCAACCAUCACUUCUAACAAAUCUACUUCAAUCAGUCAUAGUUCUGCUGUUGAUGCUACUAGCAGAUCAACUACCACUUCUAAGAAAUCUACUUCAAGCAAGAGUAAUGGUUCUACUAUGGAUGCUACUAACAGCUCAACCAUCACUUUUAAGAAAUCUACUUCAAUCAGUCAUAGUUCUGCUAUGGAUGCUACUGACAGAUCAGCUACUACUGCAACAACAUCUACCCCAAGCAGCAGUCGUGGUUCUGCUAUUGAUGCUACUGACAGAUCAACCAUCACUUCUAGCAAAUCUACUUCAAUCAGUCAUAGUUCUGCUAUUGAUGCUACUAACAGUUCAACCAUCACUUCUAAAAAAUCUACUUCAAGCAAGAGUAAUGGUUCUACUAUGGAUGCUACUAACAGCUCAACCAUCACUUUUAAGAAAUCUACUUCAAUCAGUCAUAGUUCUGCUAUGGAUGCUACUGACAGAUCAGCUACUACUGCAACAACAUCUACCCUAAGCAACAGUAAUGGUUCUACUAUUAGUGCCAAUGGUAAUGCACAUGCUGCUGGUGAAGCUGCAUCUGCUAAAACAAAUGUUGCUCACUCCGUGACAACCACUACUGUUAAGAGCACACACAUGGUAGAUGUUACUGAAUGUCCAAUUUGCUCACUAUCCACCGCUACCUCUUCGUUUUCUUCCCAAAACGGUCAAACUGCCCUACAUGGCGAACCAGUAUUGAGAGUUAGCACAGUUUAUACUACAGAUGGUGUUGUUAUCACUACAUACACUACUUCAUGUCCAGACAGUGCUAAGACAGGUUCUGUUUCAGCUUCUGCUGCUACUGCUCCUGCACCUUCAGACGUAAGCAUGGAAUCUGCCCAUUCCAAUGUUGUUCCAUCUGUAGGUGUUGCUACUUCUUCUUCUAAUUCUGCGGAAAGUGUUACAGUUGCAAAAUAUGAAGGUUUGGCAGCUAGUUUAACCUCAGAUGUUCUAUUCAGCGCUAUUUUAAUGGCUCUUAUUCAUUUGAUCUAA